AUGUCAGCUCAAGGAAAUGUGCGAAUGUGUGCGGGUGCGGGAUAUGAAUUAUCUCAAGAUCUUUUGGACAAGCAAAUCGAAGUUUUAGAAAAGAAAUAUGGCGGUGAAAAAGCUAGAAAUGCGGCGCUAACGAUACAGAGAGCUUUCAGAAGAUAUGCUCUCACUAAAAAAUUCGAUUCAAUAACGGCGAUGGCGAAAGCCGAAAGAAGACUAAGCAGACGAUUACAGGAAAAUUUCGAUAGCGAAGUUGCCAAUUUCGAAAAAGAAUUACAAGGCGGUUCGAAAUUUUUGCAAGCGAGACCCGCGCCAUUGAGAUCCUCGUCGAUGAGAGAAAAGCGACAUUUGGAUUCGACUUCAUUGCCGAGAUCUCAAUCGGGAUGCUGCGAUCUCGGUCAUCAAUCAAUCGAUUACUACACUCCGACCGGUUUGCAACCUUGCAUUCUCCAUACGCCGCCUCUAAGUGGCUCAUAUCGUGAUAACACCCAUUAUUACACUCCGCAAGAAGCUUUCACGGAAGCUAAUCAUCCAGUGUCUCAUUAUCCGCAAUGCACUCAUUCUUCGCAAAGCCUUCAACGAGACGCUUUUGGUAGAAAAAGCACUACAGUUGUACAAAGAAACACUCCUCCACACCAAAAUGGAAAUUCUUGGAAUCGCCAAGGAAGUCCCUCACCGAGUAGUUACCCCUCGCGUCCUAAUAGCGCCAAUAAAAAAAUACCUCCGGAAGUACCCAAGAGAACGUCUUCGAUUUCCUGUCGUUCGACUCCGGAUUCUCUGACGAGAACGAACGGACUUGGUAAAGCUUUCGAAAACGGAAGCUUGUCGUCCGUUCAAAGUUCGGGAAGUGAUAGUAGUUUAUCGACUGAUAGGGUUAUGGCCGAAGGAAGCGUUGAUAUGGAAUCUAGAAAUCGUACAUCUCCGGUUUGGAAGAGGAAAGCUCAGCCAACUUCUCCGGAGCAUAACAUGAGCGACACAUCCGCAGACAUUAGCCGAAAAGAACUUAGUAACACGCAUACGAAUUCUUAUCAGCAGGUUCACGAUCAUUCCGUAACCGAUAGCCAACAUACUUUGUACAAAUAUCGCGUGGGUUUAAAUUUAUUUAACAAAAAACCCGAAAGGGGAAUAGCGUACCUGAUAAAAAGAGGAUUUUUAAGCAACACGCCUCAAGCCGUAGCCAGUUUUCUCAUAACGAGAAAAGGACUAUCGAGGCAAAUGAUAGGAGAAUAUUUAGGAAAUUUACAAAGUGAAUUCAACAUGGAAGUUUUACAGUGUUUUUCAGCGGAAUUAGAUUUAGCGGGAAUGCAAAUAGAUGUUGCGCUCAGGAAAUUUCAAACGUAUUUUAGAAUGCCGGGUGAAGCUCAAAAAAUAGAAAGAUUAAUGGAAGUUUUCAGUCAAAGGUAUUGCAGUUGCAAUCGGGAAGUCGUGUCGCGAUUGAGGAGUCCGGAUACGGUUUUCGUACUCGCGUUUGCCAUCAUCAUGCUCAACACGGAUUUACACACGCCCAAUUUAAAACCCGAAAGAAGAAUGAAAUUGGAGGAUUUCAUAAAAAAUCUUAGGGGCAUCGACGAUUGCGGCGACAUUGAUCGGGACAUGUUGUCCGGAAUAUACGAAAGAGUCAAAGGCAACGAAUUUAAACCGGGUAACGAUCACGUGACUCAAGUAAUGAAAGUUCAAUCGAACAUAGUCGGAAAGAAACCCAAUUUGGCUUUGCCACAUCGUAGAUUAGUUUGUUAUUGUCGUUUGUACGAAUUACCGGACAUGUAUAAAAAAGAAAGGCCGGGAGUACAUCAGAGAGAAGUUUUCCUUUUCAAUGACUUGCUAGUCGUCACAAAAAUAUUUAGUAAAAAGAAAAAUUCAGUUACGUACACGUUCAGAGAAAGUUUUCCACUUUGCGGAAUGGUCGUGUCGACGUUCGAAGUACCUUAUUACCAAUACGGCAUCAGGUUAUCACAAAGAGUCGGCGGUAAAGUGUUGAUAACGUUCAACGCGAGAAACGAACACGACAGGUGUAAAUUCGCAGAAGAUCUGAGAGAAUCCAUAAGCGAAAUGGACGAAAUGGAAAAUCUUAGAAUAGAACAAGAAUUGGAAAGGCAGAAAUCGGGACGAGGACGAGGGGGAGCACCACCGGAAAACAGAGACAGCGGAGUAGCAGACGUCGAAGUUUGUCCUUAUUCCUCGCAAGCUCAAGAUGACAACAAAAGACCUCUCAUUGAAAGUCAGUUGAAAAGAUCAGCUUUAAGCAAUUCUCUUCUCGACAUACACGAACAAUUCGUGACGGAAAAACCCCAGCAGAGAAGAGGAAGCGUCGGAUCUCUCGAUUCCGGAAUGUCCAUAUCGUUUCAAUCAACUUCCGCAAGCACCGUGAGCAGGGAUUCAUCGCCGCAAAACUUACAAGUUUUAGGAGGAGGAGGAGUAGGUCCCGGAGGAUUUAAAAAUACAAAAAUGAUGAAUCAUCAACAAUCAUUUCUGGGUGGAAUAUUUGCAAAAAGGGAACGGAAAUCGAGUCGAGCCGGACAAGAAGAAUGUUUUACAAGAACCACCGAAGUUUAA